AUGAUCUACAUUCCAGGCCAGAAGUCAUCAUAUUACGAGCUCGAGGAGCGGUGGGCCAAGUGGCUCUCCUCCUUCCCGGACAGCGUCGUCGUGUUCGCCUCCUUCGGGAGCGAGACGUUCCUCCCAGCCGCCGCCGCCGCGGAGCUCCUCCUGGGCCUGGAAUCCACCAACCGGCCGUUCUUCGUCGUGCUCAACUUCCCCAAGUGCACGGACACCGAGGCGGAGCUAGCCAAGUGCACGCCGCCGGGGUUCGCCGAGAGGACCAAGGUCAGGGGCGUGGUGCACACGGGGUGGGUGCAGCAGCAGCACAUACUGCAUCACCGCGCUGUGGGCUGCUUCGUGAACCACGCCGGGCUGAGCUCCGUGGUGGAGGGGCAGGGGCUCGUGGCCAGCUGCCGGCUGGUGCUGCCGCCGAUGAAGGGCGACCAGUACCUCAACGCAUCUCCUCCUUCCUCGCCUUCGCCGUCGUCCAAGUCCUAA